CUUGUCGACGUUUGAUUUGUAUUCCUGCUUCGCAGCUGAAUGAGUUGAGUACAGAGCAUUACGAUAUAUUUAAUUGUUGGUAUACAUUGACGAAAUUCUUCAUCAAAAGCUGUUUCACCGCUCUUUGACCUCUUUUGUCGACUCGCUCUUCAUAUCUCUUGAAAGACUAGAAAUUAUUGACAUACGAGAUGUCUUUGGCUUCAAAGUAUUCUUCAAAUCUCUGUUUAGUUUUCCUGACAAAUGAUCCAAAGGAAGCAGGUACAUACUCGUCACUUGCCAACUUCUUAUAUGCCAAUGGUUUCACUCCUAUUGAAGUGCAAAGUCCAGGACAGGCCCUCAUACAAACCAGACAAGUGAAGUUCUUUGUUAUAAUUGUGCUAGAUGAUGAUCAUGAUCUUAUCAAGAAAAUGAAAUCUGAUGAUGGAAUGAAUGCUGACACAAUUGUCAUUGCUGUUUCCUCUUCGAAUAAUGCUGAAGGGACAACCCAAGAGCUGUUCAAUCAAAAUGUCAUCCAACAUGUUGUACAGAAGUCAAAUGAUUUGGAGCAAUUUCAGAAAUCACUAAUUGAGGCUAUUCAAGUCCAUUUGAUAAAUAAUGAUGCUACAAGUAACAAUCCAGGACCACCAACUGUUUUCCAACCUCAAGAACCACAACCUGAAAUCAUUCAGCACAGUCCAUUACAACAAGCAUCCUUUUCACCACAAGCUGCAAUUCUAGGGCACUCACUUCCUGGACUUUCCUUUCCAAACCAAUCCAGUCCAGGUCAUCAACUAUUCUUUCCAGCCAAUCAGAUGCCUGUACAGCAACCAGGUUCCUGUCAAUCACAGCAGAUGUUUCCAAGCAACCAAUCAUUUCCCCUUCAGGCUUUCACACUGAUCCCCCCAAUGAUUGUACCCUUCCACACAUUAAUGCAAAACAAUGGAUCAAGCGCACAUGGGAACGAAAGCUACAUGAUGCCCAGAAUAGUGGAUUUUAGCACCACAUCUAGAAUGAUACAGCAGGCAAACGAAUCUAACGUGCCGGAUUUUGCAGAUUCCUCAAACACAGAUCCAGGUUUGUCUGGCAAAGACCAAGGAAGCCCAGACAGCACUACUAAUAACGUGCUUGGGACUGAAAUCUCCUGUUUGAACGAGCCCCAAGAUAAAAACGAGCUUGUGAAUAAGUUGCCUAGUUUUGCUAAUUUCCUGGAUUGCCUUGAGCCACACCCAAAGAAAAUCAACGUGCAGGAAGAAAGCCACGAUGAAGAUCAGAUUGCUGCCAAAAGAUCCAAACUGGAAACUGAGAACAAGCGCAUGAGUAGUGAGGGACAGGAUUGCGAUGUAGGUGAUGAAACAAAGAACCCCCUUUCUGUACUCAAAGCACGUCCAUACUUUAUGAAUCUAGAUGAGAAGAUGGAAGACAUAGCGUUUGACCCUAAAGUGAAGUCGUCUGAUCGUCACAAUGCAAAGGAAAGACAUAGAAGAAUUCGUAUCACCAAGGCGACAGAGUUCUUCAAAGAGAAUAUACCAUGCAUGACUCCUAAUAUGGACAAGGCCACUGCCCUUCACGUGACUGUCUAUUACAUCAUAUUUCUACGAGACGCGUUAAGACAAAUGAAUCCAAACGUCAUAAAACAACUGCAUAAGAGUUACGAGGAAGAAUGGAAAUCCUACUUUGAGAAGGUGACUGCUACAGUAGAGUAAUAAAGCCCAAGAUCCAAAGUCCUUGGCUCAAACGGAACGGGGGUUACUAAAAAAAUUUGUAAUUGGCUGGCUGAUCUGAGUUUAUAACCCUUUCUACAGCUCAGGAUAUCGAAAAUAAUUGCACUUGUGUUUUCCCUCGGGUAUAUUUGGGUGAAUUAUUUUGAUUACUAUUUUGAAAGUAGGGUACAAGAGUGAAGCCAUGAAAUCCGUGAAAAACAAUCUACCUGGGUAAUCUCAGUAUUUUUUUCGUUUCAGUUUUUUGUUGAAUGUGAUAAAACCAAUUCAGUACAAAUAAAAGAAAUA